AUGGUCGCUCUCCUCGCCAAUUCUGCUCGCGUUGCCCUUCGCUCGGGAGCUUCGGCUUCCAAGGCCGGUGCUGCGGGCUUGACUUUUGCCCGCGGCAAGGCUACUCUCCCUGAUCUGAGCUACGACUAUGGCGCCCUUGAGCCAUCUAUCAACGGCAAGAUCAUGGAGCUCCACCACAAGAACCACCACAACACCUACGUCAACAGCUACAACACAGCCAUUGAGCAGCUCCAGGAAGCCCAACACAAGGGCGACAUCGCCGCCCAGAUCUCCCUGAAGCCCGCUAUCAACUUCCACGGCGGCGGUCACCUGAACCACACCCUUUUCUGGGAGAACUUGGCUCCCAAGAGCGCCGGUGGUGGUGAGGCUCCCUCUGGUGCCCUUGCUAAGGCUAUUGACAGCACCUACGGUAGCCUGGGCGAGUUCCAGAGCAAGAUGAACACUGCUCUGGCUGGUAUUCAGGGUAGUGGUUGGGCUUGGCUUGUUAAGGACAAGCAGACUGGUCAGAUUGGUAUCCGUACCUAUGCUAACCAGGACCCUGUUGUUGGUCAGUUCGAGCCUCUACUUGGUAUUGAUGCUUGGGAGCAUGCUUACUACUUGCAAUACCAGAACCGUAAGGCUGAGUACUUCUCUGCCAUCUGGGAUGUGAUUAACUGGAAGACUGUUGAGAAGCGUUUCUCUUAA